ACCUCAACAUGAGAAUCGGGAUCCACUCGGGAGCUGUCUUGUGCGGCGUCUUAGGCCUGCGGAAGUGGCAGUUCGACGUCUGGUCCUAUGACGUCACCCUCGCUAACCAUAUGGAGUCUGGUGGGAUCCCUGGGCGAGUCCACGUGUCCAAAGCCACCGUAGAAUGUCUGAAUGGUGUUUACGAAGUGGAACCCGGACAUGGGUGGACUAGGGACCAAUACUUGAAGGAUCAUAGCGUGGAGACCUUCCUUAUCAAGCGCGAAGAACCCUUGAGGCCGAGACGUCGAGGUCCUCGCUUCUCUCGCUCGAGGCUUUGGUCCGAGGAUGAGCGGAACACCUCGGCCUCGCAGAGCUUACGGGAAGCAAGGAUCGGCUCAAACGCCACCACAGUCUCCAACUCGCAGCUCCAGCGCCUACCAACUGUGCCAACGACGCCGACCACACCUUCAGAAGACAAAGACGACGAUUCGGUCAACAGCUCUCCGGCAACACCCGAGCACACCGACGCCAGCAACGCGAAUCACAACGGCAAUCACAUCGGCGAGUCUGCGAUGAGCAGCUCGUCGUCCUCAUCAAGCACUUCCAGCUCCACCACGACGCCCACGGAGAGUGCCGACGACAAGGAGAAAGCUUCCGACGGCGAUACAAGCGAUUCCAACUCCCCGACGCCUUCCCCGACGCCUUUGGAAGAUGAGAACACGACGGAUUGGACUCCCGAAAUUCCUUUUGGAAACCUGAAAUACUAUGCGGGCGUGUGGAGUAGUGCAGCCCAUUACUCUCUGGCGCUCCGUAAGCAAAAAAAAUUCUCGUCUCAGACUUCGCUCGAGAUGGACUGGGAGGACGAGGCAUUCCUCGAGGAGGAGUUCCCAGAGGGCCUGGAGGACGAGGACGAGGAGGCUGAAGUCACACAGUUCACUAACCCGACGAGCACCUUCACUCAGGAGGUGGACAACCUCAUGGACAACAGCAUCGAAAUCGAAUCGAACAAGAGGAUGAGAGCCGAACACAUGAACCCCUUUACCUUAUCCUUCAAGGACCCCGAGAUGGAGGAAAUGUACCACCAGGUGCGCGCUGACCUCCUCAAGAGCAACGUCGUCUGCACCUGCGUCAUCUGGGUCCUCAUCGCCGUCUGCCAAGCCAUCGUGGUCCCGGAGGAUUCGAGGUCCGCGCUCGUGCUGCCCUUCCUCGUGGCGUCCACCCUCUUGGCGGCGGGCCUCCUGCUAGUCAUGUCGGAGGAGUUCCCUCGUCUCCCGAAGACCCUCCGGAGGCUGUCCACCCGGCUCGCCCGCGCCACCCUCGGCAGGAAGGUGUUCGUGUGCGCCCUCAUCGCCAUCAUCGCAGUGCCAUCCAUGUUAACUCUGAUUCUAGUGUGUAACGACUUGAACUGCUGUACUACCUGUCAACCAGACAAUCAGACUUAUGGCAUUCCGUUGAGCUUUAUGCACGUAGGAAAUCCGACGAAUAUCGAAAUCUCGCCUUCCACGGGCCAGAGUGACACUGUGGUGAAAGACGGCGCCGACAAGCCUCCACUGUCGCUACUGCUCUCCCACGCCCCGAGACACGUCGUCCAGGAAUCGAGUUACACUGAAGACGUUGGGAAUUACUAUCACGCGGUUAACAAUAUGGGUCAUGACCUCAUCCUGCAGCCUCAGGAAGGCGUCGUCGUUCCAAGGGGGAGGUCAGGGAGGGAGAGUCUGAGGGAGAGGCGCUCGGUGAACCACGGAGCAGGGCAGGUCGAGAACUGGGCGUACCAACCUCACGCAGACAGCGGUGAUGUGUUUCCUUCCAUAAGUGUGGCGUCCGGGACUAGAACUAGUAGUGACGAGAGCUUCGUCGUGCUCGAGAGGUAUCGCAGCUUGUCCUCGCUAAAGAGCACGACGAAACAAGCGUCCGGCGUACAAAGCGACGGCCGGAAGCGAAUCCGUCGGCGGGGAAACAAGCUGCUGGUCGGCGGCGGCGAUCACGACAACAACAGCUUAUCCGGCGCCUCAGCUGCUGGCCUCCAGACGGACAUGCCGAAGACGUUGAGGAAAAACCCUUACCCGGACGUAAAGGAAACGCCAUUCACUGCCCAGCCGGACGAGUUGAAGGAAUGCUGUCGUAAUAUGUACCCGCAAUACUUCGUCUACACGUGGGUGCUGUGCAUGGUGGCGUUGGCUUCGUUCCUCAAGCUCAACUACCUGGUUAAGACGAUCGUGCUGGUCUUCAUGGUCACUUGCUAUGGCUUUCUCAUACUGAAAUUCCGGAACCUCUUCUGUAUGCAGGAUGGCGAGACCGACCCGAGCCACAAUGUCGUGACGCCCUCGAGUGUGAUCAGCCUCCCGGCGAGGAUGGGCGUGCUCCUGGUGCUUUUCUUCUUCAUGGUGACGUACCACGGGCGUCUGGUGGAGAUCACGUCCCGCCUCGACUUCGUGUGGAAGCAGCAGGCGGUGAGGGAGCUCGCGGACAUGGGAGAGUGCCGGCAGUACAACAACCAGCUUCUCAAGAAUAUCCUUCCCGAUCAUGUGGCUGCGUACUUCUUGUCUGAGGAUAGGAAGGGAGAGGAGCUGUUUUCCAAAGCCUACGACAAUGUGGGAGUUCUCUUCGCCUCGAUACCAAAUUUCACACAAUUCUACUCCGAGGACGUCAACCGAGGAAUGGAGUGCAUCAGAUUGCUCAACGAAAUCAUCGCGGACUUCGAUGAGCUGCUGGACGAAGACAGGUUUUCAUGCAUCGAGAAGAUCAAGACAAUAGGAAGCACGUACAUGGCUACCUCUGGCCUCAACCCCACGGCUAAGGACGCCGAGGACUGCCACGCCCACCUCUGCGCCCUCGUCGACUUCGCCCUGGAGAUGAAAGCCCGCCUGGAGGACGUCAACAAACACUCCUUCAAUAACUUCAAGCUGAGAGUAGGUAUUAGCCACGGCCCUCUCGUCGGGGGCGUGAUCGGGGCCAAGAAGCCGGUUUUCGACGUCUGGGGCAACACCGUCAAUGAGGCUUCGAGGAUGGACUCCACGGGCGCCAACGACACCAUCCAGAUCCCGAAGGAGACGGCGCAGAUCCUGAAUUUCCGCGGCUUCCGACUGCAGUGCCGCGGGAAGAUCGCCGUGAAGGGCAAGGGCGAGAUGGACACCUACUUCGUGCUUGGAAGGAAGGCCUCCGCCCGCGCCAACUUCACCCGGCAUCCCUCGACCUACAAUUCCCUCGCCGCGGUCGUGUACGGCAUGGUGCAGGCGCGCAAGAAGCAGACAAUCAAGAGAAGCAACACGACGGUGCGCCGGGACCGGCAGCGGAAGGUCUCGCCGUCCGAAGGGAACGCUAACAGCACGGGCGGCGGCGGCGGCGGCGUUCGCGACAUCACGCCCGGCCUCACGCGAAGGGCCACGCGGCUGGAGCGGACUGUGACCUCGCACCACAACCUCCGCAGCCUGACCAAGGACGACCACCGGCCCGAAGCAUCAACCAAGAGCCAAGAGGAAGGCGUGUAAAUUCCCUUCCCGCUUGUGAGGUCAAAGCACAUCACACUGGAGAUCAUCCGAGGUCAUGCGCCAAGCAUUUAAACUCAAAUAUGACCUUAAGAUGACCCUUUACGUCGGAAGUCCCUUAUUACAGACAGCUGAAACGAUGCAGAAAUUAUCCGUUGUCACUCUAUAAUAUAUCCCAAGGAUCAUACAAACGCCCCUUUCGGCCAGACGCACCAGGCAGUGUGGAGAAAUCCCUGUUGUCUGCUAAUGUGCGCUUCAGUACACGGCAGAGAAUAACGAGACAGAGAGAGACUUUACGAAUGCCACCACGACAGAGCUUCGGCGUCGCGGAAAUCAUAAUAAUAUAGGCCAUAGUGCAGCUGUGUGAGAUGGUGCAGCUGGAGACAUAAUGUUAUAUAUAUAUAUAUAUAUAUAUAUAUAUAUAUAUAUAUAUAUAUAUAUAUAUAUAUGAAUAGUGAAAACACUCCACCGUGUUGAUACUAUGAUAGAUAAACCCACAAUGUAUGUAAGUUUUACAUUGUAGGUUUUCUACCAUACAUAUAUAUAUGUAUAUAUAUAUUUAUAUAUAUACAUGUAUAUGUUUCUUCCUAUCUGAUGCCACAAUAAUACCAAAUCAAGAAUGGAUAGGGUAAACGGAACAAAAUAUAUAUAUAAGAAUGAGAAAAAAGUCACACAUGACGUCAUUUUUAAUAAAGCAGUGCAUAAUGUUGAAUUGUAUUAAGUAGGGAAAUGAAUAGGUAAAACAUGCGCAAGCACAAUGAGGCGCAUGCUGAAGGGGUCAAACGCGCACAUCUGCAUAAUUAGACGCACAUAAUCACACACACACACACACACACACACACACACACACACACACACACACACACACACACACACACACACACACACACACACAUCACAACACAACACAACACUCAACACAACACAACACAACACAGCACAGCACAACACGGGGUAGUAGAAUACAGCACACCAUACCACAAACAGCACUCCGCAUCACAUCACUUACUUUACAACGCAACAGGAAACAAAACACAAACACUCUAGGAAACCGCGCCUCCAUAAUAAGAUGUAACAUUCGGAUACCCAUUGUCUGUUUUUUAAUGUGAAGUGCCAAAUAACUGAAUCAUGUAUGUUAGGAAUUCAGUAAUUUAAGCUGCUAGUGGUAUGUGUGACGGAUUCCAAGCUUUCUGUGAUAUUCUGAUAUUCAGUGAGGUGUGUCCGAAAUGUUUUUAGUUUCUACAAUUCGCCGUUGGUAGUUUUAAAUGCUAUUAUUUUAUUUUUUAAAGAUAUAUGAUUUAUUUUAAAGAGUAGAUGGAUAAUAUACUGCACUAAUCACUAUAUACAUUAAGCAUAUUUACUGUAGUUGUUUUUUUAAGGAUAUAUUAUCGUGCCAUUAUGUAUAUAUUUUCGGACAUACCUAGAGUAUCAUAUAAUAUAGCGUAAGUCUCAUAAUGUACUCUGGCAAUGCUAACAGUUGGCAUUGCGAUAAAAAAAGCAUGUCAGUAUUAAAUGAAAAGAAAGUCCACAUUUCUACUUAUGGACAUGUUUAAAACACUUGUGUAAAUGUGAAAAUACAAUAGCCUUGGAUUUAGAAAUCGAUGUGUAAUAAUUUUCGCAGUCACAAUGCUCGUGGUGAGUGAGCUGAGAACCAUAUAUGUUUACACGUGUUUUUUCGUGCUGAUGUUAUAUAGGUGUGGAACAUAAUUCAGUUUCCAUUUUACGUUUUGGUUCUUUUGAUGUAUUCAUUAUUAUUCAACCAUUACUUUUGUUGGUAUGAUUAUUUUUAUUGUUAUGAUUAUUAUUAUGAUUAUGAUCAUUAUUGUUACCACUAUCAUUACAUUUAUACUGAAACUAUUGGUCACCAUUAUGCUUGAUGCUAUGUUACAACGUAAUCCAUAUUAUCACAGUAUUAUUUCUAUCAGUCUCAUUGUUAUAAUUUUGUCAUCAUUAUUAUCAUAUAUAUCACCAUCAUUUUUUCUGCCAAUGACCUCAUCUGUGAACAUCGUAAUCAUUAUAAUGUAAUGUGUUCCGUACUACUAGUUGGUCGCGUUCAGUACUUCUUAUACACAUGGUGUCCAACCCUACAUCUUUCUGGUGUGUUCGUGUAUCUGUUUCUUGUCCUUAUUUCAGUUAAUUAUCAAUUUUUGUUUGAGGGCAUUUUUCCUCUUUUGUGUUCGUAUUCAUAGGGUAUUUGACAUUUAUGUAUGUACAGUUUAUAUAUACAGUAUAUAUAUAUUUUUCUCUUUUUAUAAUCUCAGAUAGUGCCAUUACACACGCACACACACACACACACACACACACACACACAC